AUCACUACUGUCCAGGUCUCACAGCUGACACAGUAUGAAGGUCCUGCUGGUUCUUGCCCUGGGCAUGCUUGCCCUGGCUGCUGCCCUGCCCACUGACAUCAUUGACAUCGACGAGGACCAUCUGGAACACGAGCAGGACGGUAUACCCGGCCGGGCAGUGGCGGGAGAGUACUCCUGGGUCGCUCCUAAUGGCGAGGAGUACAAGAUUGAGUACAUUGCUGACCAUCUUGGCUACAGAGUACUAGAUGACAAUGUUCUGCCCAAGGCACCUACUGUGGACGAGGAAGCUGAUGAAUAGUACCUAACGAGGUACCUACUGUGGACGAGGAUGCUGAUGAAUAGUACCUAACGAGGUACCUACUGUGGACGAGGAUGCUGAUGAAUAGUACCUAACGAGGUACCUACUGUGGACGAGGAUGCUGAUCAAUAGUACCUAACGAGGUACCUACUGUGGACGAGGAUGCUGAUCAAUAGUACCUAAUGAAGACCUGUACCUGAGGACGGGCACCAGGAGCUGCAGCAUAACAUCCUGUAGCAACUCAACAACAUCACAGAUCGAGUUCAACUUCCCAGGCUAAAAAUCCCUUUAAAUAUAAAUAAAACUGAUUAUAUUAUUACUAUUA